CGGGGGUCGGCGGGAAGUGGGGGCUUAGCGAAGCCGGAGCGGCCCUGAGCUCCGCCCGCUGAGGAGGAGUGAAGCUCAGGGCGCCGGCGCGGAAGGCGGAGGGGUGAAGUCAGGGCUGAGUGGGCGGAAGUGCGCUGGAGCUGAAGUGAGGCCCCUGAGCCCUGAGCGGGCUGGAGGGGAGCUUGAGCUGUCCGCCUCCCUCCCUCCAGGGCUUUGGGGCGCGCACACUUUAGCACAAAGCGACACGUUUUCCAAAUGUCAGGCUGUUGCUUUGUCCAAUUAUAGGGCGUAGUAAGCCUACAUCCUGCUGCUGCCCUACCUCGUAUCCUGCUUUGUCAGGUCCACGUGAGACAUGGCACAUGAACGAGGACAUUUACAGCUGCCCAGAGCUGAUGCUAUCCGUUCAAAGCUCAUUGACACUUUCUCGCUCAUAGAGCAUUUGCAGGGCUUGAGCCAAGCUGUACCAAGGCACACUCUCCGGGAGAUACUUGAUCCGGCUUGUCAGAAGAAACUCAUGUUAGGAGAUCAGGAGCAGCUAGUGCGCUUCUCCAUAAGGGCGCGGCGUAUGGGGCACAUUACGCAUGCCCAGCGGUUGCUGAGCAGACUUCGAGUGCGGUGCGGUGGAAGACCACCUCUUUCCUUGUGGGCUGGAUGGGUUCUUGACAGUUCUAUCUUCUCGAAUUUCAUCAUCUCCCUCAUCUUUCUGAAUACCUUUGUGCUGAUGGUCGAAAUAGAAUUGAUGAACUCCACAAAUACGAGUCUGUGGCCAUUGAAGCUGGCUUUGGAGGUGACAGAUUGGUUUAUCUUGCUUAGCUUCAUUGUAGAGAUCCUUCUAAUGUGGUUGGCCAGCUUUUUUCUCUUCUGGAAGAAUGCCUGGAGUGUCUUUGACUUUGUGGUUACCAUGUUGUCUCUGCUUCCUGAGUUUGUGGUGCUGAUAGGCGUCUCUGCGGACUCUGUGUGGCUCCAACUGCUAAGGGUCUCUCGGGUGCUGAGGUCUCUCAAACUGUUUGCACGAUUCCCUCAAAUUAAAGUUAUUCUUUUGGCUCUCGUCAGGGCCCUGAAGAGCAUGACAUUCCUGUUGAUGUUGCUGCUUAUCUUCUUCUACGUCUUCGCUGUGGCCGGUGUCUACUUCUUCAAAGAAUAUUCCCGUUCAACUAUCGAGAAUCUGGAGUACAACAUGUUCUUCUCGGACCUACUAAAUUCCCUGGUGACAGUGUUCAUCCUCUUCACCUUGGAUCAUUGGUAUGCAGUACUUCAGGACGUCUGGAAGGUGCCAGAAGCUAGCCGUGUCUUUAGCAGCAUCUAUGUGAUCCUUUGGUUGUUGCUUGGUUCCAUUAUCUUUCGAAACAUCAUAGUAGCCAUGAUGGUUACUAACUUUCAGAAUAUCCGAAAUGAGCUGCAUGAGGAGAUGACUCACCUGGAGGUUCAGUAUAAGGCUGACAUAUUCAAGCGACGGAUUAUCCAGAGGAGACAACAAUCUGAGUCACUAAGAGGAACCAGUCAAGGAAAGGUCUCCGAAGACAUAACAGAAACUUCCGAGGCCACUGAUGAGGAAAAAAGCGAAGCUGAGGAAAGCGAGGAAGAGAAAAGCGAGGAAGAGAAAAGUGAUGUAGAGAAAAGCGAUGAAGAGAAAAACGAUGAAGAGAAAAGUGAUGAAGAGGAAAACGAUGAAGAGAAAAGUGAUGUAGAGAAAAGCGAUGAAGAGAAAAACGAUGAAGAGAAAGGGUAUACCGAGAAAGUGUAUUCCGGAAGAACCUUUGUGGAGAGAAGUUAUGCUGAGAGAAGCUUUGCUGGAAAGGCUGAAAAUGAAAAAGUACAAAAAGAGUUGAAAGAAAAGGCCUACCCGGGUUCUCCUCCCAACUCUUCAUCCCAUGAUGAAGCCUUUGCAGCCGAUGAUACUUACCUUGAAAACCUGGACUGGGAGACUCUUGUGCAUGAGAACCUGCCUGGGCUAAUGGAUAUGGAUCAGGAUGACCGUGUUGUUUGGCCCAGAGAUUCGCUUUUCCGAUAUUUUGAGUUACUGGAAAGCCUUCAGUAUAACCUAGAGGAGCGCAAGAGGUUGCAAGAAUUUGCAGUUCAAGCACUGAUGAAUUUUGAAGACAAGUGAAGGCACAGUGUAUGACACCUGUGUCUUUGGAGCCAGCAAAAGCUAAUGAUGAAAAUAAUUAGAAUUUAAAAUAUAAAUAUCUAAUAAAUACUGCUAAUGAAUA